CAGAAUCAUCCAUAAACAUAGUAGACACGUAAUGUUUCGACACGAAAACACGAUAUGUCAUGAGAAACGAGCUUGAUCAUGUCUUCGAUAGUUGAAACGGGACCGCGUAACUUAUUAUAAACAGCAUAAUAUUAUUAUUAAAUUGAAAUUUCUGUUGACAUCCGGUUUCGUGGUCGAAAGCAACGGCCCCACUCGGCGAAAGUCGCUCAGCUGCCGUAUGCAACAGGUUGAAUUUCAAAUUAUGAAUAUUAUUUGAAACAGAUUUCCGUUUAAAAUUUUUUUUUUUUUGAUUACUUACUGGAAUAAUAAUGGUUAUACGCACUAUCUAAUCAGUCCGGAUAAGACGAUAACACGCGUUGCUCGCUUUACUUUGUGUUUGUGUGACCCUUAGUAAAUACAUACUGUGUUAUACUACAGUGUAAAACGUGUCAUAUGGUUUGGAAGAAAAUAGUAAAAACACGCGGCUCCUUCAGAUUCUGGAGAUCAACGGGCGUGCAAGGGCGGUGUCGGGCUCUGUACAGCUAUCAACCAGUCAAUCCGGAUGAAUUGGAACUCUGCGUCGGCGACGUGCUUGAAGUUCUAGGAGAGGUAGAGGAGGGCUGGUGGCAAGGUCGACGCCAGGGUCGCGUGGGUGUGUUUCCGUCUAACUUUGUUGUGAUGCUCGACCCACCGCAGCCGGCACCCUUCGAACUCGCUCCAGCGCUCCCACCGAAGCCAGUAAAGGAGCAAUGUCGGGUGUUGUUCACUUAUACUGCCGUGAACGACGAUGAGCUGAACCUCAACGAAGGCGACAUCGUUACUGUUAUAUCGAAGGAAGCCCCCGAUCGAGGCUGGUGGCGGGGAGAACUGCACGGUCGCGUCGGGCUCUUCCCCGAUAACUUUGUACAGUUGUUGCCUGCCGCCACAGCAGAAGUUGAAGAGAAGAAACCCGAACGUCCAUCAAAAGCCGCAACCAACUCGAUUUAUCCCAUACUCAAUAAAUACACAGAAAAAACCGCCUCGGUCAAGGAGUUGACUACGUCUAAGAUAAGUAUGCACAAAGACAACCCUCUCAGCAAAGAGACUAGCACACAUAGUACAGUCACGCACACAAGUAAGAAUGAAACUGAGAAAUUUAUUCACAACGAAGCAGCUACAGACGGAAGUAUCGACGGCCAGGUAAAGAAACCGCCGGUGCCGUUAAAGAAAAGUCCGACGCCCGUAUCCGGGGUCGGAGGCUUGCUCAGCGGACUGAAGAAUAAAAUGCUAUCAUCUUCUGACAAAGAAAAAUCGACGCCUGUUGUUGUGGAUUCGGACCGACCGGACGGCGCUACGUCCAGCAAGCCAACACCCAACGCCAACGCAGCAACCACGACCAACGCCAACACGACCAACACCAACACGCCCAACACCAACACGCCCAACAUCAACGCACCCAACAAUAGUACGUUCGACAAUAUCGAACGUAACUCCAUACUCAACGAUCCUAGAGCGGGCAGAGUCAAAGCACCAAGACGACGGCCACCUAGUCAGGUCCUACGCGACGACACGCCGCAGCAAAUAGGACUUAGCAACGGACACGAAGUACCGGCGAGCGAAAAGCCCCCGCCGGAGAAAGCGGAAGAGAUAAAACCGCGCGCCCGCGAGUGGGAGAAGCACAAGGCUCCCUGGAUGGAGGAGUUGAAGUUGAACCAGGCGAAGAAGACCAGCUUCGCUGCGGACGGCAAGGCGCGGUCCGUCUCCAGCUCGGCAGAGAGCAGCGCGCUGGCCAGCAGGGCGGGCGGCGGGAGCACCGACAGAAUCCUGGAAUGCGGUUUGGACGAGAAGAGAUCAACGCAUUCUAUGGAAAUGUCUAAGAGCACCUCAUCAAUCACCAGUCGAAUGUGCGUUCUAGAAAGUUUCGAAGAGACGAAGGUACGUCACUCGUUGGAUUCUAAAAAGGAAACGCCCGAUAGGAGUACCCCUGAUCCGGUGCCUGUCAUUAAACCGGUCAUGCAUUCCCCCACCGCCGCAGGUCGAACAUUUUUAUCGAUGGUUGAUGACGUGAAGAAACCUCCCGCCCCCGCCCCGCCCGCCGCACCCACCGACAAGGCACCCAGCACCAAACACGACAAGCACGUUACAGAUAAAAUCGAAAUGAAUUCUACGAAGACAUCCAGUGUGUUCGAGAAGUCUAGUACGGUCGAGAGAGUGGAACGGAUCGAGGAGAGGUCGCCCGAGAAGCCGGUGGCCGCAGUCGGAGGUGACAGGACCAGCGCGUCCAGUACUCUCGAGCGGAGGCCGCAGCCCGGCAGGGGGGAGAAGGCGCCCCCGGCUGAUGGAACCGACGCGCUCAUUGCGCAGCUCAACUACAGGAUAUCGAACCUCGAGAAACUAAUAGAAGUACAGAACAGCAUGUUCAAGGCGUCUAUUGAGGAGCUGAACGCGAAAUUGAAACUUGAAUCCGAGAAACGACAAGCUCUUCAGACCGAAAUAGAGAAACUUGCACACUGCGUGACGCAAGUGUAGUGAGUGGCGUUAUCCUGAAGUUGAAGUAUCGUUCAAAUUGAAUCCUGUAAGAUUGAGGUAUUCCGACAACGGCGCAAUUGAUAGUAGAACGGAAUUUUCUGUCGUAAAAUACAAAUCGAAACUAGGCGUAGAUUUUUAUUUAUUGCCAUUGUAAGCAGACGAGCAUAACCACCUGGCGGUGAGUAGUUACUGUCGCCCAUGGACCUCAGCAACGCCCCUGGUCAGAGCCAAGCCGCUGUCUACCGCAUAAUACAAACGAAAUUCUUGUUAGAUAUUGUGUCUUCGAAGUGUUUCAAAAGUGACUUUUAUUAAAUAAUAUUUGGUCCCACAGUCGCAUUUAGUCUAGUAAAUAUUGAAUUGUAGUCGCCGUGGCUGGUUUUGUGGGUUCUGUAGAAGCGAACGCGUUUAUAUAUAUACGGUAGGCAUAGAUCGGAAAUAGUUCAAUACGUUUUCACCUGAAACAUGUUGCGUGAAUCAUUCAUUCUAGCGUCCUAAAUAAAAGUUUACAAAUCAUAUAAACGUUUUAGCUAGAAAAAUAUGAUCUAGAUUUUUUAGUGUAAAAAAAAAACCUGAUUUUUUUAAUUAAAGAGAUUGUAGUAAAUAAUAGGAACGUCAAUAAACUCUCGACGUCGAAUAGCUAAAAAAAAUGUAGUAAAAAAGGAACCUGGUCGUUAGUGGAUAAAUAAAACUAACAAAUGCGCGAUUGUGUUCAAGUAAUUUUACAAAAAAAUUAAAAAAAAUGUUUAGCGAAGGUCUACUCUAUUCUAAUUCUGUUCGCAGAGUAAAUACAAUUAUAACUUUAUUACUAUUGUCCGAAACCUCCGCGUAGACCGGUGUAAUGUACAAUUUGGUUGCUUUGAUAGAUCGGAAUUACACUGGAUAUUUAUCUGGAUUUAUUACGUCGGAAUAGAGUCAAUAAUGAGCACAAAUAAAAUCUUAACAGAUUUUUAUUACGCUGCAUUAGGUUUGGUAAUUUCUAAUGGAUCUAAUUAUGCCUCUGAGUAUAUUUGCAAAAAUAUGUAAAGUGAUAAAUCAGUGUUUUUGUAAAAAAAUUCUUACCUAUUUUAUUAAUCACAAAAUGUACCUAUACUUUGUGUAAUUUAUAAUGAAUCUAGUAAAACAUCAGUGACUUAUGUCGUUCUUUUGUUGAUAAUAUUAAUCCUUUGAGCGCAAACCGUCGAUAGAUCGACUUAUUCAUGCGUAGAAAGUGCGGACCUGUACGGACGUGUCUUAGCGCGCGCAUGUAUCCCGUUUUAAAUAAGUUAAAAACAAUUUAAAAUUAUUUUGCUGUGAAUUUAGCAUUGAUUGCUGUAUUAUUUAUAUAGGUUCUUUUUUUUUUCAAAAAUCUUUGUGCAGUUUUCUGCAAAAUAUGUGAAAAUAAGCUCAGCAAGGUUUAAUAUUAUGAAUAAAUAAGACGCAUUGAGGAACGGUGCUGUGCUUAGUGCGAGUUUUUUUAACAUGUCGAUCACUUCCCUACGUUUGCCGCUAGAGGCGCUGUUCCAACUGCAUACAAAUUUGAGUUAACUUUUACGCUAUCGAGAACGUUAAAAGACUCGCACUAAGCACACUGGUCGUAGAACGUGUUGUGGCCCUGGACAAGUUAAAGUUAUAGUACUUCUGGCGUAAUACAAUCACGCGUUUCAAUUGGGACUGCCUUUUUUUGUUACAAACUAAACUUUGAACGCAUGUCGAGGCGUGGCGCUUGACUCGAUCGUCAGUAACAUAAUAUGUACUAAAUACCGACCGGCGAUUGUGAUACGUCAAAAAGAACGAAUAUUCAAUAUAUGUACGUAUGUACUUGCAGUUCCCCGCCUAGGUGUAUAUACUCGUAAUAAAAUUGAAUCUACAUUUCGAACCGAAACAAAGGGACUGGCAUGAAAAAAAAAACUUGGAAAUUUAGAAUGAAAUGUUUAAUUUAAAAAAAAAUAACGGUGCACGUGUAACUUUGUGCACGUGAAUGAAGUGAAACUUCUUUUUCGAUGUGUGGUAUUGUGAUUUUCUUCAUUUUUCAUCCAUAAAUCAGAUUCAUCUUGUAAUAGGGAAUACUGAGUAGAAGAGAUGCAACAUCUUCAACAUUUAUUUUAUAUAUUUUUUUUAAAUUACAGAUAGAAAAAUAAAUAUAUAUAUAUUUCAUUCAUUUCAAUAUUGGACGCUACUCGUUGCUAACGCUGGCGCUGGCCUGUAACAGUUAUACUACGCGCAUGCGUUCGAGUGACGCGCAUUCACUCUCGCUCUGUCUCUUUCUAGUAUGGUUUCUAGUACGUUAAACGUUUAACGCAACCUUUUUGGAAGUAGCAUUAGAAGUUUCACUUCAAAAAGACAAUCGCCAAGAGAAAAUUAACAGUACCGUUCACAGAAUAAACUUGGAUAUUUUUAAUUCGAUUCGUUGUCGCGGUUGUAGUCAUUUACGUUGAUAUAAUUCGGUGUAGUUAUUAUUAAGGUAUUAAAACCUAAAGUCGUUUACGGUUACAAAGUUUGUGCCAUUUAAUGUUUAUAGAAUAAAAGUGCUGCACGUACACACAAACACGCUCACAAACUCACACACAUGAACUUAUUCGGUAUUAAAUUGUAAUAUCGAGUGAAUUGAUUUUAUAAUGUCACGAUUAUAGUCUCAUUUUAAUGUUUGUGAUUCGUACUUUCGUGUUGUGAAUCGACUAAUGUAUCCGCGUUAAACUAUUUGAUGUUUCUAACAAAAUAUAUAAUGACAUUUUAGAUGAAAACUAAUACGUUAUUGAACACAAAAAAUAUAUAUAUCGACGCUUGAAAGGCAAACGUUUACAGUAGACUAAUUUAAAGUUGAAAUACCUGAAAACAAAAUUUAUUUUAACGAAACUAGCUGUAGUAGAAUCUAGCUAGUAGCUAGCUGUAGGAUUGAAAUGAUUUUAAUAGACCUAGAAAUAUAUUUUUUUUGCGCAUCGAAUAUGGUUAUUGCCUAUCAUUUAUGUACAAUGCAGUUAUUGUCGCUUAGUCACGUUUGCCUUUCAAGCGUCGAUAUAUAUAUAUGUUUAACUGAACGGUUUAUAUUUUUGUAUUUGUACAUAAUUAUGUUGUUUGUAAUAGACGCCGUUAAUUGAAGUUGUUAAGAUUUUUGUUAUAGAAUGUUAAUAUUAAUUAAUUACUUACUCCUAUGAAUAUCGUAUUCAGCCUAAAAUCAAGGUAAAUUUAAUAUACAUAUUUAAGUCUAACUGUAAUGUAUUUUUGUCCGUUGCGUAAAUUUCGAUUUUUGUACAAAAGAAGAAAAAAAAAAUCAAACGGUUAUGUCGAUAUGUAAUUUAAGUUACGAUUUUUUUUUAAGACCCGGUUAAUGAAUAUGUAGUAUAUAAAAAUACAUGAUGAUGUAAGUAAUAAAUUCGUUUAUAAAAGGUAAAAUAAGUAAAAAUAGUGUGUAUCAUGUGUAGAAUUAGGUCGCUAUGUGAUAGUUGUUGCCUAAAUGGUCCAUUAACUAAACUCAUUCGUUACAAUGGCUUUAAUCAUGCACAAAGAGAGUCACACUGUAGUUUAUAUAAAUAUGUAGCUUGAAUGACGUUUUUUUUCUUUUUCUAGUAAAUAAAACAGGCCUACGUUUUGAUUUUUGAUGUAACAAGUAACUCAUAGGAAUAUGGUGGUAAUAAAUAAAUUCGAUAAUUAAUGUACAUACAAAAAAAAUGAAUUAAAAGCGUACAUAGGGUAAAAAAGGUAAGGUGAACUCAACUCUGAUAUGAGUUUCACAAUCUAACUAUACAGUUGUGCAUCUCCAACAUGUCUUAAGAAGGUAGGAAAAAUAUUUUCAAGAAAAACAAGAAACAAAUAUACAGAGAAAACUGUUAGAGUGUACAUUGUCAAAUAGAUUUGCCUUUGUGUAAACGCGCAAACAUAUUUUUCAGACGAAAUUUUUGUAAACGCUAAAUAGUGUAUAUGAAAUCUGAUGAAGAUGUAACGUUAUCUUGAGACAUGGUUUUGUUGUCAACCACAAUAUAUUGGUACUCCGGUUAGCUAGGUCGUCACCAGUCUCAAGGAACAGAUUGACUUCAUGGAGUAUUUGAGGUGGAAAGAAUGAAUAUGGUCACGUCAUGUAAUGUAGGCACUAUUUCGUAGAGCUACCGAGAACUGCCUUUCAAGUUUCAAAAUGGUUUCAGUCAUCGGUACUCGCCGCACAGUUUGAAAAGAAAAAGGAAAAUAAAAUGUUAAUAAAAUAAUUAAAUACAUUCCAUACAAAUGACACCGUGAUGAAAAAUUUAUUAAUUUUAAUUAUAGUACUUAUUUUGUCUUGAAAUGUGAUGUGUUUCAUCGUUUGAUUUUGUUAUUCGGCGAUUCCGUACCUGAGAUUAAAUGUGGUUGUUACGUAUGAAGCAAAUGGAGUUGGUGCCAAAUGAGGUGCAAAUCCGGUGGCUAAGUUUGUGAAAAUAGCAAAAGGAUAAUUGUUAGAGACAAUUGAUUUAUUAAGAUAAUAUAGUAAGAGCAGUUUGUAAUCGUGUUUUUUAUUGCGCUUAUCUUUGAACGAGAAUUUUGUAAUGUGUUCUAUUUAAAAAAUAAAAAUUCAAAUCGCAUUUCGAAUUGUUAAGAGCACAACACUAAAGUUACUUUUGUCAACAAGCCAAUGAAAACAUCUUACCUGCAUCAUUCAUUCUCAAAGUGGUCUACUAAAAUCUAAUAUCAUAAAAUUGUAAUAAAAUCGUGCCUUAGAACUUUGGCAUUAAAAACAGAACUAACUACCUAUGUGUCAUAUGUAUCUGUCAAUAUUUAUGUAAUAUUGAUCGUUUUUUAUAUAUGACGACUGUAAUCUUUAGUUUUAUCGAUCGAAGUAUAUGUUCAAUCUGUAUGCAUUGCGGCGGUCGUUUCACAGAAUUUUGUCUUGAAGAUGUUUUAUAUUUGUUAGACCGUCAGUUUGUCUGUAGGCAGCUAAACUCUAAAUAAAUCACAGAUUGAACAUUUAAAACGGACGAUAGAACGACUGUCAAUUGUUACGUAUCCUUGCUAUUUUCGAGCUAACUUAACUGUAUCUAAGAUUCGUUAUAUCUCAAUGUAUAUAACAAAAUAGGAACACUGAUAUUUUAAAAUGUAAAUACAGAGCCAGAUGAAGUACACACGAAUAAAUGGUUUAUAUGAUAAACCCAUGUAUGAUAGGUUUUUUUUUUAUAACUUAGUACUUAAUUUAUUUUUGUUUAAGCUGUACCCUGAUGCAUUCCUAAAGUUUAAUGAUUUGGAAUAAAUUCAUAAUGAAUAAAAUAAAUUUAAGAUUA